GAUAAAUUGCCCUGUGCUAAUUGCCAGGCUGUUUGGGAGAAGGAGAGUUAAGCCUAUUGUUUUCUCAGGCCGCAAGGCUGCCGGAAAUGUAUAAGAACCCUGGGACAUGAUCCUACUGCAUCUCAGAUCUGCUUUGGAUUUCAAGAGGGGGAAACCUUAAGCCACAAGGACCGAGAUCCCCAGUCAUUGACUGGAGCCACCCUGAAUAUGGACAUUGGACUGUAACUUAUGGACUAUUUCUAAAAGGACUUUUGGCAACUACAGGCUCGCCUCUGCUGUGUAUCUGAACCUCAAGAAUUGAAUUCAAGUCUGUCUGUAUAUUGAUCUUUUAACCAACACUCUUUCUUUUCUUUUUAAAAUUUUUUAGCUUAGUUAAUAAGAAUUGGCUAAUAGUCUGUAUUUUGGGUAAGAUCUAAGUUAUAAUUGGACCUGGGUAGGUGGCUGAUCCUUUGGGAUUGGAAGAACCUUUUCUUUUCUAUGAUGAAAUAAGAUUUUCAUUUAAUCAUCAUCAUAUCUGACAGGUGUGUCUGAAUGGAGGCCUGAGGCUGGGCACUUUAAGGGAACUGUGUUGUUUGCACAGCUGAGUAACCAGUGAGGUACUACAGAAGCUGUUUUGUGCUGGCUUGGUAAACCUACAUACUGGAAUAACCACCAGCUUCUGGGGUUUGUCCGCCCCGUUCUGUUUGCAGUUCACCCUAAUUGAGUGACCUCAGCUGGCUCCUAUGGGCAGCACCGUCACAUCCUCCUCGGGCUGCUCAGCCUCCCUGGCCCACUGCCCAGGAUUCCCCAGCAGCUGCCUGCAGCUCACAGAACCGAGCCCCUGGAGAUGAUCUGGAAAAGGCUUAACAAUGAAAUGGUGAGUCCAGGCUCUUCUAGUGCUCUGAGGUGGCAAAGACCUCGGACUCUUGCCCUUGCCCUGGGGGUCGCGCCCCUGGGGUCGCACCCUGGCUCCAUGCUGUCAAACACAGGGUGCCCGUUGGCUUCCAUGGGACACAGAUGGAACUGCUGAAGGUUUAGCUGAGUGAGGACAGGAUCCAGCCCACUACGGACGAACCAGACCGUGCCCUUUGUGACCAGGGCCCAGUCGCAGGGGGAAAGGGUCGUUCACAGGACUUGGCUUGGAGACGUUCACUAAGCGAUGGGGCUUCUCCCCCAGGCACAUUUAAGGCCACAUUGCCUUGCGUUAUCUGCCUCCUGAGAGCAGCCAGUCUGCACUGAGCCACAGCGGGAAAUGAAGCCGACCGGGGAGACAGAAAAACAAAAGCAGGGCGUGCCAGGGCAAAGAGCCAGCUGGAGCUGCUGUGCAGCGACGGGGCCCUGCAAACGCCUGCAGCCGGGGCCACACUGACACUGCCCUCCCCACUGCCCCUGCUGUAGCCAGAGGCUGCAGCCCAGGCUCCCCUAAGGGCUCUAAAGCGGCGUGGAUCCAGGCUAGGCUGGCGCCGAUGGCUCUGGAUCUUUACCAGAUGCCGGCUCGGAAGCUGGAUAAGUUCAUUUUCGAUGCUCUGCAGCCCGACAGCACGUUCCUGCGCCAGGCUGGCCAAGCCAUCGACACGAUCUGUGAGUUCCUGAAAAAAAACUGCUUCGCCGACUGCCCCCCGCCCCGCAUCAAGGUGCUGAAGGUUGUGAAGGGUGGGUCCUUGGGCAAAGGCACGUCCCUGAAAGACAGUUCCGAUGCCGACCUCGUGGUGUUCCUCAGCUGCUUCAAAGGGUACGGCGAUCAGGAGAUGAACCGGGCAGGGAUCAUCAAGGAGAUCGAGAGGAUGCUGGAGAAGUGCCAGCAGGAGAAGCACUUUGAGGUGUUCAUUGAGCAGUCCCGGUGGCCAAACCCCCGUGUGCUGAGCUUCAAGAUGAGUUCUGAGACGCUCGAUGAAUCCAUAGAGUUCGACGUCCUGCCAGCUUACAACGCCCUGUCCUCGGGUGCCAAGCCUAUGUCCCAGGUGUACGAGGAGUUGAUCCAGAGCUGCUCCCGGGGGGGUGAGUUCUCCACCUGCUUCACCGAGCUGCAGCGGGAUUUCGUGGUGGAUCGCCGCACCAAAGUGAAAAGCCUGAUCCGCCUGGUGAAAUACUGGUACAAGCAGCAUGUCCGUCCAUAUAAAAAGUACCUAGGAGAGGGGGAGUCCCUGCCCCCCCAGUACGCGCUGGAGCUCCUGUCUGUCUACGCCUGGGAGCAGGGCAGCAGGGAUCCAGCCUUCAACAUGGCCAAGGGCUUCCGGACGGUGCUGGAGCUGAUUCAGCAGUACAAGCAUCUCUGUGUCUAUUGGACCAUCAACUACAACUUUGCGGAUGAGGUCCUGGCAGGGUUCCUGCACCAUCAGCUCCAGAAAGCCAGGCCCAUCAUCCUGGACCCAGCGGAUCCGACAGGGAUCGUGGGGGAGGGGAGCCGCUGGGACCUGGUGGCACAAGAGGCUGAGUGCUGCUGUCGCCAGCAAUGCUGCAUGGACCUCUACGGCGUUCCUGUGCAGCCCUGGGACGUGCCGCCUGAGCAAACCUUCAAAGGGAGCAGGGGCUUUGAGAUCCACACCGGAGCACAAGAACAUCCAGUCUCAGAACCUCAGCCUGAGCCAGCCUGCACCAGUAACCAAGCCAUGGCCAUCCAGCAGCCGUCCCUCUGCACCAUCCUCUGCAGGAUGUGGAAAAACAGGGCAGGACUGUCAGAAUCCAGCUGGCCUGCAGCCAUCUGGAACUUGCAAAGUGAUGUGAAAUCACUGAGCCACAGUAACGGUGGAGCUGCCGGCUCGUCGGGGAAGGGCACGGCCCUGAAAGACGUCUCCGAUGUGGACCUCGUCGUGUUUGUCAGCUCGAUUACAGAUUUCCAGGCCCUGAAAGCAGAACGGAAAAAAAUCAUUGCUGAAAUCCAGACAAGGCUGGAGGAGUGCAGAGCAUCCCUAGGAAAAGACCUAGUGCUGAGCAUUAAGAAAACAAAGUGGGAGAACCCCCGUGUGCUCACUUUUACCCUAACAUCUAGUACCACGGAUGAACAUAUUGAUUUUGACGUGCUGCCGGCUUUCGACGCUCUAGGCCAGCUGUACAGAGGCUAUAAACCCGACCCCCAGGUGUACCUCAGGCUGACAGAGAGCGAUCCCGAAGGAAGCGAGUUCUCCCCCUGCUUCACCGAGCUGCAGAGGAAUUUCAUCAUGGCUCUCCCCACCAAACUCAAGAGUCUGAUCCGCCUGGUGAAACGCUGGUACAAACAGAAGCUGGGGAAGGGGGAGUCCCUGCCCCCCCAGUACGCGCUGGAGCUCCUGUCUGUCUACGCCUGGGAGCAGGGCAGCAGGGAUCCAGCCUUCAACAUGGCCGAGGGCUUCCGGACGGUGCUGGAGCUGAUCCAGCAGCACGCCCAGCUCUGUGUCUACUGGACCAUCAACUACGGCUUUGAGAAUGAAACCCUGAGACGGUACCUGAUGUCUCAGCUCUGCAAACCCAGGCCCAUCAUCCUGGACCCGGCGGAUCCAACGGGCAUCGUGGGGCAGGGGAGCCGCUGGGACCUGGUUGCACAGGAGGCUAAGCACUGCUGUGGCCAACAGUGCUGCUGGAAGCGCAAUGGAUCCGCGGUUCAGCCCUGGAAUGUGCCGCUGCAGCAGCCACGGAUUGCAGAGGAAAGUGAUUUCGUCCUGCAUUCUCGGACUACGGAUGAAGAAUACCCCAUCACUGAGAACCGGAUGUUUGCGACUGGCGACCACGCUGCAGAGCAGGAAUCCUACUGCACUCUCCUCUGACAGCUGCCUCUCAGUGCGCCACCCCAUCAGGAGCCCUCCCUGGAGCAGGGUGGGCAUUAGGGUGGGGGUCUCUCCCUGCUCUGUAACUUCCAUUCAGAAAAUGGCCCCUGGGUCCGGUUGAGGCCCAGCCCUGGUGGGACAUGACCAAUCAGCUCGUGCUCUGUGCUCCCCCAGCUCCCUUCCCCAUUCCUGCUCUCUCUGGGGCUUGGCUGCAGUGACAGCCAGAGCCCCCGUCUAGACCCCUGCAUCCCUCCUCCCCCAGUAACAGCAGGCAGCACCCCCCAGGCCACCCCCUCCUGAGUGCGAUGGAGAGCACAGCGGGAGCCGGGCCUAUAAUAAUCAUCCCCUGUUGUGAGCACCAGGCUCUGUCUCCAGCCAAGGGAUCCCCUGCUUGUGACCUUGGUUAUUGCCUUGGCUGCCUGCUCGGAGCUUGGCGACCCUCCCUAUCUGGCACUGAGUGAGAGGAGCAAAGCCUUCUGGGUGGCACUGGCGCUGCUCCAGCGGGGCCAGGCAUGGAGGGGACGUCAAGGGGUUCAGAGCCCUGGGGAUGUGGAUGGCUCAGGAAGGGAACACGGCUCACGUUUGCUCCUUGACACUCUGCACCAAAGGGGUGGUGCACACACGAGACUGGCAGCCAUAGCUGCCCCCUGCCUUCUGCUCCUCUCCCAGAAUGCACCCUGGAGCCUCACUUCUCCUUCCCCCCACCUCUGGUGCAGGGGACCCGGGAAGGGGUGGGGCAGAAUUGCUCUUACUGGCUCUGAGUGAUGGGCACCGUGAUCUCUGAGUGUUUCCCUUGCCAGCCUCAGGGGACUGGUUCCAGGGGGUGUCAAGCUGUGAUGUGAUUUCUCCUGCCUGGGGGUAUUUGCCCUUCCUGUUGCUUGCUGAGAUAUGUGCCCUUUGGGGGUAUGUUUGAAGAGUGUCUGGUGGGGAACCACACACCCAAUGGGGCAAAUCCCCCUUGAGUGAAACAUGGGGGUUUGAACAUUGGCCUGCUAAACCCAGGGUUGUGAGUUCAAUCCUUGAGGGGGCCAUUUAGGACACAGAGGUAAAAACAAAACAAAAAAAACCACCUGUCUGGGGAUUUGUCCUGCUUUGAGCAGGGGGUUGGACUAGAUACCUCCUGAGGUCCCUUCCAACCCUGAUAUUCUAUGAUUCUAUGGGUCCCACUGGGUUUCUAUUGGCUGGGCAGGAAGGGAGGUGGGAGGGGGUUAGUCUGUCACUGCCCCACAGGGAUGUGUUUCUGAGUGUGCUGGGGAAGAUGUUUGCAGGGAGAGUUUAUCCUGGAAUGUCCCCUUGAAUGCAGCUGGGAUUUAGUGUCAAACACGUCAUUUAUUCCCAUGAACCCAGCCAAUCCCCCCUGCAGGGAUGGGGAACUGGGGCCUGUUGCAGCUUGGGUAUCAUCAACAGAUUGCGAGCUACAGUCAGUCCUCAUUAGCGUCACUUUAUUAGUGGUGACGUGGUGAAUACAGCUGUGCAAUAGUUACUCCUUUCUGUGUUGCACCUUUAAUCUCUCGGGACUGCACAGUCUCAGCCAGCCAGCUGUUCGGCCGAGUCAGGGAAGACGCACUCCGUGCUCCCUCAUGGAGACUUUACCGAGGUCCUUUCUUGUAUUUUUAUUGUUCUCUUAACGGAAAUAAAGGUCACUUGAUAAA